GUGGCGUCGGGUGCGAAACUGUCCUUUCUUGUUUCCUGUGAGAGACAGUCAACAGUCUAGGCUGAAACUACGCGAAUCAAACCGUACAAAAAUCACAUAAACCGACCAAAUCAAAAAGGGGGAUAUCACCGGGGAGUUAACAUGUCGGGAAAUAAAGACAGUGACGGCGGAUGGAGGAAAUUUCUGUGGAAUUCAGAGAAGAAGGAGUUUCUAGGACGAACAGGGGGCAGUUGGUUUAAAAUCUUCUUGUUCUAUGUGAUCUUCUAUGGAUGCUUGGCUGGAAUUUUCAUUGGGACCAUUCAGGCUUUGCUGCUUACGUUAAGUAACUACAAACCCACGUAUCAGGACAGAGUCGCUCCCCCAGGUCUGUCACACACCCCACGCUCAGACAAAUCUGAAAUUGCUUUCAGUAUUUCUGAUAAGGACUCAUAUACGAAGUACACCAAAAGCAUGGAUGACUUCCUUCAACCGUAUGAUGAUGAGCUUCAGACUGAUCAGAUGAAAUUUGAAGACUGUGGAGUCACUCCUCAGUCGUACAGGGACCGUGGAAGUCUGGAGCAUGAAGCAGGACAGAAGAAAGCCUGCCGCUUCCACAGGUCUUGGCUUGGCAGCUGCUCAGGGGUGGGCGAUACCUCUUACGGCUUCAAGGAGGGAAAGCCCUGCAUUAUUGUGAAGCUCAACAGGAUUGUCAACUUCAGACCUAGGGUUCCUUCUGACAAUCAGUCACUGCCAGAUGCUCUGCAAGGAAAAGUAAUGCCCAACCUGAUCCCCAUUUACUGCAAAAAUAAGAGAGAAGAGGAUAAAAGCAAGAUCGGAGAGAUCAAAUACUUUGGCUUGGGCGAGGGCUUUCCUCUCCAGUACUACCCUUACUACGGCAAACUGCUGCACCCCCAGUACCUGCAGCCUCUGGUGGCCAUUCAGUUCACCAACCUCACUAUGGCUCAAGAGCUCCGCAUUGAGUGCAAAGCAUAUGGAGCAAACAUUGACUACAGCGAGAAAGACCGCUAUCAAGGACGUUUCGAUGUUAAGAUCACAGUCAGCUCAUGACCUCAGCCAUGACGAGCACUCUCAUUUUAAAAACAAAUAAAAUGUAGAGAGAAUUAAAGAGUUCAGAUAAAACACCACUAGUCUUUGAACAUUCAUAAUAUACAGGACCUACACUUAAUCCGUGUGCUUUACACUAGCUUUUCUGUGUGUUUGUCGAGGGGUAGAAUGUAAAAUACAAGAGUAGCAAUAGCAAAUAUUUAUUCUACUGUAAAUGAAAAUAUUCCUUGAGCCAUGGGAUGUGUUCAUCUAUUACUGUAAAACCGCAAUUCCACUACUGACGUGUAGCGAGCUGUGUUUCUGUCCCCAAAGUAUUUCAUCCUAAUGUGGUUUCUAUAUAUUUUUGGAGUGUCCAGUGCUGUAGUCUAGUCCUGUUGUAAUCUCUUUUGUCUUAUGUCAGCUUUAGUGGUCCAAGGUGUGUGUGCGUGUGUGCACUUGUGUCUGUGUGCAGGUGUGUUAGUUAAUGUGAGCGUGUGGAGUGUGUGUUAAUGUGCUCUGAUUAACUGAAAUACUAGCAUGGUACUCUGAACCUUUAAGGCCCAUGUAGGAGUAAAUGACUGCGCUCCAUGGAAUCUUCUUGUUUUGUUUUGUGUGUUUCUUUAUCCAAGUUGUUCAAGUUGACUGUGGAAGGAUACAUUUGUACACCCUUUCUUUGUUCACUUUAGCUGUAGGAUAUGGUUUGAUGACAUUUCUGUUUGAUACUCUUACAUCUGUUUAUUCUUAAUUCAUAGUGUAGAGCUUUGUGGGUCCAGCCUAGAAGACUGUCACCUCCAUGGAAACAGUGGCAACUCAGUGCUUUGAAAUCUGUUUUGCUGGAGACAUCACGUGAUGUGAUGCAACUUACUAUUGAAUGUUUUAGCCAUUUUCAUGGUGGAAGAAUUUUAUAUUUAUGCAGUUGUACAUUUUUUUCAAAGUGUAAUGUAUGAAUCCAAUACCAAAGUCGCUGGUCAAAAAGUCAGAGAAUAUCAGAGGCAAUGCAGUAUCCCGUGUAUUAAGAUGUUUAGUUGGUGUGAAAAUACUUAAUUCAGUGUUGAAGAUCAAAACACUUGUCAGGAGUCUGCUCUUGUCACUUUAUUUAAUCUGCAUAAGGCUGAAACAAUAAACAGAAAAUGAGACAACUGUCAA